GAGCCAUUCUUCAAAAUGUCCGCUAGACAGAGAGCCUCUUUCGCGUGACAAGAUUUUUCUGGAUGUCGCUUGCCAUCGCGAAAUUCUAAAUCUGACAGUAAAAUGUUCUCACGUCGGGUGUCCUUGGAAAGGAGAACUUCGCGCUGUGCAGAAACAUCAGUCAGAAUGCCCGUUCGAAGUUGUGGAGUGCCCAAAUACAGAAUGUAAAGAGAAGGUCGUCAGGCGAGAUAUGGACAAUCACAAGACGAAGGAAUGUGUCUGGAGGAAAGUCAGUUGUGAAUAUUGUCAAGAAUCAUUCAUCAUGAAGGACAAGCAGCAACAUGAUAAUGUCUGUCAAAAGGUUCCGGUUCCAUGUUCCAAUAAUUGUGGUCUGAGGAAUAUUCCAAGGGAAAAGCUGGUGGCUCAUAUUCGUGAUGACUGUCCUUUGACUGAAGUUUAUUGUAAAUACAAGAACGUAGGAUGCCGAGAAGUGUUUCGAAGAGAAGGGACCAAGUCUCACUUGGAAUCACACAUGGAAAGCCACUUGAACUUAGCUCUUUGCGGCCUUGAGAUGACUCAGAAUCAGGUUAAUAACCAGUCACAACAGAUAGCCAAUCUAACAGCCACCGUGCAGGGUCUGGUGCAGCAGAUAGAAAUACUGAAGGGUCAGGAUCGACAUAAAGCGACCAAAAAAGCCUUGAGGGGGCUAAACAAGAAAGGGGCAACUAAUGUCAAGGUUAAAGGAAGUAAGUUUCGAAUGUAA